AUGGCGACGCCAAAGCUCCUCGAGGGCAAAACAAUGGCGAUAACAGGCGGCGUGACAGGCAUCGGCCGCGCCAUCGCGCUGGGCUACAUAACGCACGGCGCCAACGUGGCGGUGAACCAUCUCGGCGACGCGAAAUCGCGCUCGCAAUUCCAGGCCAUGCUCGACGAAGCCGCGCAAACACUGGGUAGCAAAGGGGAGGCAGAGAAGCAAUUGGUGGAAGUACCGGGUGACGUCGGGGAUCCAGAGACGGGGCGGAAGUUGGUGGAAGAGGUGGUGAGGAGAUGGGGGCGGUUGGAUGUGUUUGUUAGCAAUGCGGGGAUUUGUGAGUUUAGGGAAUUCUUGGAGAUAACGCCACAACUCUGGUCCUCCACCCUAACCACAAACCUCACCGGCGCGUUCAACACCAUCCAGGCCGCGGCCACUCAGUUCUCCUCCCAGUCUCCCCCGGGCGGCUCCAUAAUCGGCAUCUCCUCCAUUUCCGCCCUCGUCGGCGGCAGCCAGCAAGCUCACUACACGCCCACGAAAGCCGGCGUGCUCUCGCUCAUACAAUCCUGCGCCUGCGCCCUCGGAAAGUACAAUAUCCGGUGCAAUGCGAUCCUCCCGGGGACUAUCAAGACGCAGCUCAACGAUAAGGAUCUGGAGGACGAGGAGAAGAGGAAGUAUAUGGAGGGCAGGAUUCCGCUGGGGAGGACGGGCGAGCCGGGGGAUUUGGUGGGGCCGGCAGUGUUUUUGGGGAGCGAAGCGUUGAGUGGGUAUGUGACGGGGGCGCAGAUACUGGUGGAUGGGGGAUUGUUUGUUAAUCUGCAGUAG